UCAGUGAAACCGCCUGUAUGAGUCGUGGAAAAUCAUAAAAAUUUCUGUGAUUUAUCAUUUGUGCCGUCAAAAGCCUUCAAAGCCGGUUUACUAACUUAACCAACCGAGGCCAGACACAAAUUUGACGGAUUAAACAACGCGUAAACGAUACUUUUCCGCCGUUAUCUCUUGUGUAUCGUUUCCACGGGCGAAAUCUGCUGUUUGCGUGUUUUCGAUGUUUGGUUUUGCAGUGUGCUUGUUUAUCUUGGAUCGUCAUCCUUCUUGCAUAUCACCGUGAAAUGUAAAUCCUGCGGAUGUGUUUGUUGGACUUGGACUAGACUUAGAGGGAUAUAUUUAUCAAAAGGUGGGCGUUUGAAUCCGACCACCGGCAGUAAAAACAUCCCUACACAGCUAUACUUGUGGAAUGCGUUGAAAUCCCGGGUGUGCACAUGUUGUUGUCUUGAUCAGCGUCCUCCAUCGCGAUGGCAUCGUCAGCCGCCGCAUUAGCACAUGGCCACUCGCUGGCCUCCAGGCACUCGCAGCCGCAUCAUCAUCAUGCCGCGGCACAAUCGCGCAGUGGCAGUGAUGAGCAUGCCAACGAACUCUCCGCGGCAUCCCUUAACAUUCACAACCAGAUGAUUACCAGCACCACCACUGCCACGGCUCGCUCAUCACCGGCCACAACACAGCAGAGCAAGAGCAGCAACUGCCGCCGCUUCUGUCCGAACGUCUUCACGCCCAACAAAUGCCAAGAAUGCUUUCGCAGUAAGACGGCGCAUUCAGCCGAGGCGCUGGCCGAGAACAGGGCGGCCCGGAAGAUCUGCAAAUGUGGAUAUCUGUUUGUGGCCCCGGUGGACUACGACUGCAACAAUGCCGCGCAUCGCACCCGGAGAUGGCAGCAGCGCUGGUUCGUCCUCUACGACGAUGGAGAGCUCAUCUUCGCCGUGGAUAAUAAUAGUGAUACCGUGCCACAGGCUGUCAUCGAUAUGCACCGCGUAACGGAAGUGCGGGACGCCAGCGAACUGACCGGGCACGAGUGCAGUCUGCUGCUGCGCGCGCCCGACCACGACUACUUCGUCAAGAGCAGCAGUAAAGAGGAGAUUCGCUGGUGGUAUGAUGUGUUGGUGAUGUAUCCGCGCAGUAUGCGCUUCACGAAGCAGCAGCGUGCCCACAACCAGAAACGCUCGCGGACCCUGCCCAACAACGCGCUCAGCGACCAGCAACUGAAAGCAUUGCGUAGCGAAGCAGAACAGCAGACAGCGAAAGCGGAGCCGGUACAGCUCGUUCCUCCGGCCAAAACCGCGGUGCUAGCGCCACCUCCCAAGCCAUUCCGCGAUCCCUCCCGGCGUAGCAGUCAGCAUGUGCUGCCGCCCACUGCCGGCAGUGAGGACAUCGGCAGCGGGACCGGACAGCGUCCGGAGAUGCCAGGGGAAACGGCGGUGGAUACUAGACGAAAGGAAGUGCAGCGCGAGAUUCGCCAGAGCGCGCUGGAUUAUCUGGAGGCGCUGAAGGAGCGCCAUCUGGCCUUCCCCGGAAACGCGGGCGGUGUUAAUCAGACCGCCAAACCGGAAGCGGUGGCCACUGUUGCCGUGAAAAAGGCGGAGCAUUUCGGAGCGGACAGUUUCACGGACACCGAUCUUUCUACCGACUCCGAAGAAGUGGCUCAUCCCGCUGCGCCGCCCGUGCCCGCCUCGGCCCCGCUGCCCACGCCCGGCGGGGGCCAGCGUUUCGUCUUCACCGGCCUGUCCACCAAGGAUAUCGAGGAUUUGAAGCAGCUGCAGCGCAUCAUGAGCAAGAAAUCCUCCACCGGCUCCGUGUCCAGCCGCUCCUCCAGCAGUUCCUCCGCCUACGCCUCCUACAAGGCGCCGCUGUCGCGCACCACCACCCUGCCGCCGGAGAAGACUACCAGCACCACCACCGCGGGGCGGCCGCGCUCCCCGCCCGUCAACCGCACCGCGCUGUCCAAAGCGAAAGAGCGCUCGCGUGUCCGGCCGCGCUCUAAGUCUCCGCCACCCCCGCCGGUUACCGGGGGCCGGAAGGAGGGCGAAGGGGCGGAGCAACGGCUGCGGAAUUUACGGGAGGAGUAUCUCGGCGACCGGGCGGCGCUCACGAAAACCGGUAAGCCGGACUCCCUGCGUUCCUCCUCGCUGUCCUUCCACAACCCGGAGCCCAUCUACUCCGUGCCGCGGACGAAACAGCGCAGCAGCGCCACCGGCAGUCCCCCGGUGACGAGCAGCGCCGACCAGUCCACGCAGAUCAGUCUGGAUGUGCGGCAUUAUGAGACGAUGGUGGCCAAUCUGGAGAAGCGGCUGCUGGACCGCGAGCAACUGCUGCGCGAGGCCGCCCAGAAGAUGGAGGCGCUGCGCGGGGAGCAGAACAGCGUGGUGGUGGAGAAGAACAAGGCGCUGGAGCAGCUGGAGCGGGCGCGGCGCGACGGGCAGAAUCUGUUGAGUAGUCUGGAGAUGAGCCGCACGCUGAAUGACAAGUACGAGAAGCGGAUGCAGUUUGUCGUGGAGGAGAUGAAGCGCGGACAGGCGGAGUAUCAUCAGUUGGAAGAAGAGAAAUCUACCGCGGAAGCCGCCUUGCAAUCCCGCAUCACCGCUCUGGAAGCGGAAGUUUCCUCCCUGCACGCCGCUCACCGCGAAACCAGCAGCCAAUCCGAGCAGCUGGCGAAAACCAGCCACGAAGAGACCGCCAGUCUGCGGCGGAAGUUGAUGGAAACGGAAUCGCUAUUGAUGGCGGCGCUGCAGCGCGAUCUGCCGGACGAUGAGCUGGGUGUCGGCGGAGGAGGUGCGGGGGAUAUCCUCCAAGGCGGCAGCGAUGUGCGGGAGGUGGGGGUUAAAUUGAUGCGGGCGCUGAAGGAGAUCAAGGCGUUGCGGAAAGAGAACGUGGCGCUUAAUGAUCAGAUCAGCGAGAUGAAUGUGGAGUUUGCCGAUGUCCGCGAGAAACUGGAGACCAUCACCACCCAGCGCGAUAGUGUGCAUUGUACGGACAGCGCCGUGUCAACGGACGACCUGGAUGACGCCGCCCUUCACCGCGAAUGCCACGCCACCAUCGACGCCCUCCACACGGAGAUCUCCAGCCUGCAAUCCCGCCUGCAAUCCCAGGAGAAACGCCACCACACCGACCUCUCCCGUCGCGACGACGUCCUGACCUCCAUCUCCACGGAACUGGCCGCCCUGGCUCCCUCUCCCGACCGACAUCCCCCGGAAGUGGGGGAGUAUAAACAGGAGUUGGCGGAGAUGCAGCGGAUCUACGGGAAGAGUCUGCUGGUGAUGGAGCGGGAGAAGGAGGCGCAGUUGGCGGCGAUGCGGUGUCAGUUUGAGGACGAGGUGCGGAUGGUUAAGAGAAUGAAGGAGCAGGAACUGCAGGAUGAGGUCAAUGCCACGAAAGCGGCGCUGGAGGCGGUAAGGAAGAGCUAUCAGGAUAAUCUGGAUGCCGAGCGGAAUCGGCUGAUUGAGUUCUACGCCAAGACGCCGGGUGGGAAGAAUUCCGAGGAAGUUGGAGCCGCGGCGUCGAGUCAGGAGUUAGCGGCGGAGAUGGAGAAACUGCAGCAGCAGCUGGAGGACGUGGCCGGUCUGCGGGAGGAGUGCGAGCGACUGCGCAACAGCCAGGGGCAACUGCAGACGGCGCUGCAGCGCUGCCAGGAGUGGCUGCAUUCCUUGCACCCAAGUGCGCCGUGAUGUUGUUGUGUUUUCCGUGAAUGAGGGCUUUUAUUCUUUUAACUUGCAUGUGCCUGUUGUUUAUUGUAACAUCAUGAAUGGUCAGCGUGUGCUGAUGGGGCACAGGAAGUGUUGUUCGGCGUGAUUUGUAGUGCCAUUGCGUUGCUUGCCGUUUGCUCAUCGGUCAAAUCUCUUAUUUUUCCUAUUAAUAUAAACAAGUGUAAGAAAGAGGGUAAUGUAAUGCAGAAAAAUGUUAUUAAAGGUCUACACCAG